AUGUCAGCGCAAAUGACUCAACUCGAAAAACCAGCCGAUCUCCCACGUUCGCGCCUAGAAACUCUGCCCGUGGAGAUCCUCGAAUUGAUCUUCCUCUUCAGCCUAGAGAUCAACCUCCCACGUGCCUCCCCAUAUCUCAGUCGUGCCCUAUCAAGUCCAAUCCUCUUCACCUGGCUCAUCCGCCUCGUCUUCAGCUCCACAAACCCCAGCUCGCGCCAUGGAUUCUUCACCUCAGAAUUCCUACCCCCGCCUCUCGAUUUCUGGGGUCUCUCGUUGGAACAACGGCAGCAUCUACAGACGACCCUGCUCGCGUGCCGGUGGUGCACAUUCCCACUGAUGCGAAAAUGCCAGCGCGAAUACGUCGAACAUGUCCUACGAAACAAAUGCGCAAACCUCGUUUUCUCCCCAGAAGACCAGAAGACGUUGGAAAACCUGGGUCCAAGACUCGACAAUCCGGAAAUCGACAGGCAGCAGGGCGCGCACGAACGUCGUGGAAAAGGCGAUCUAAUUGUCAACGCCCAGCUGUCCGAUCGUAACACCGAAACAAGCACCAGCACCAGCAACAGCACCAUCAACAGCACCAAGACCGAAGAUGAAAACGAAUCUGCAAAAAGUAAGCAAAGGGUCGACCGCAAAGUCGCAAUCUGGUUCCACCGCGGCGCGGUCCAGAUCCGCGAACCAAACGAAGUUUACUAUGAAAACGACCUCUUUCGCCUCCCGGCGUCCACACCCAUGAGCCCCGGCCUAAUCCCCGAUAAACUGUUGCAAUCACCAUGGUCAGAUUCGCAAUUUGAUUUUCUCCAUCUCCUAUCGUCGGAUUUUUACAUCGACGACGACAUCUACCCGAACAACAGAUCUUCAGAGAUAACUACUCGCUUAAUCCGUAAGCGGGAAAUCGAGCCCCUUCGCAGACUGCUGCGGAUGGAAUUCCGCCUGGCCAAUUGUCGGGUUCCGGAGUUAUGGCGUGUGGAACAUGCCCAUUAUCAAUUGAUCAGGCGAAUUGCGAUUGGAAGGCAAGAUCCUUUGGUGCAGUUGGUCAAGGAGGAGCGGUGGAAUGACCUGGUGAGGAUUGGCAAUACGGACCUGUAUUGUUUUUUUUAA